AUGAACCGUGGUAAAUCAAGAGGUAGAGGUAGACUGGUGGAAUCCCAAAUUGGACAAGAGCAAGAUAUAGAGAGUCAACAAGAAGAAGAGGGAAGUAUCCCUUUUGUGACAGACAGCAUUCAAGAGCAGACAGCAAGAUCCACAGAAGAAGCAGUGGCCGAUCCUGUAAUUCCACCACCAAUGGCGACUAACGUGAUUGGAACAUUGGAGCCGUUCAACACUGAGACGGGCAAGUGGCAGGUAUACGAAAAAAGACUUCAACAGUUCUUUAUUGUUAACAGUAUUACCAAAGAUGUCAAGAAGAAGGCUUAUUUGUUGACUGUGCUGGGAGCCGAAAUUUGUGAUUUGAUAUGGGAUUUAUUUAGUCCCACAGACCCCACGGCUGCAACGGUAACACAUGAUAUGAUUUGUACAAAGUUAAGAGAGCAUUUUGUUCCUACAAAGGUGGAGAUUGCAGAGCGUUUUCGUUUUUUUCAACAUAAGCAAAAACCAGAAGAAACCAUAGCAAGUUUUAUGGCAUCGCUACGAAACCUCGCCAAGGAUUGUUCUUUUGGAGACUUUCUUAAUUCAGCCUUAAGAGAUGCUUUCGUGAUAGGCCUGCAAGAUCAACGGAUUCAAACGAAGCUGUUGGCCGAAUCGGCCUUGACGUUGGACUCUGCAUUCAAGAUGGCUGUCAGCAUGGAAUCCGCAACCCAGCAAGCCAAACAACUUAGACAAGAAGAACCAAUCAACGUUUUAAGAACUCGUACUACGGGAUGCUGGAGGUGUGGUGAACCUCAUAAUCCGGCAGGGUGUUAUUUCAAAACGCAAGAGUGUUUCUACUGCAAGAAAGAAGGACACCGGGCAGCUUGCUGCCCAGAGAAGCAAAAGAAGAAAAGUCGAGAGUCAGAAAAGUCCAGAGAAGAAAAGGCAGCAAUCCCCAAGAAGAAAGACAGCACAAAGAAAAAUCGAUUAAACUUUGCAGAUAAUACCGAAGACGCCGAGGGAUUGGAAGAUUUUGAUCCUGACACAGAUUUUAAUUUUUUCUAUCUGCCAGAUCCGAACAGGUCCACAAAACCGUUGGUGACAACUCUGGAUAUAGAUGGAAGAAAGGUGACCAUGGAGAUAGACACGGGAGCCGGCUUCACCAUAUUUUCAGAAAAGGAAUGGAGAAACCAUGGUAGCCCGAAAUUGGAAGACACGCAGGUGCGUUUACGGACAUACACUGGCCAACCAGUGGACAUAAAAGGAAAAUUCGUGGCAGAAGUAUCGGUACAGGAACAGAGUAAACAGCUACCAAUCCUUGUCGCCGGAGGCAAUGGGCCACCACUGUGUGGCAGAAACUGGCUUCGCGCGAUGAGACUCGAUUGGAACCAAAUACUGCAGCUGACUAACCAUCCUAGUACCAUACCACGUUCUAAUAUGUUACCUGACUGUUUCCAAAAGAAAUUUACAGAUUUGUUUUCAACAAAGCUUGGAAAAAUUCGAGGACCGCCAGUGCAUCUAGAUCUUAAGGCGGAAGCAGUGCCUAGAUUUCAUCGGGCUCGCCCCAUUCCUUACGCCUUAAGAGCCAAGGUUAAGGCAGCACUGAUCAAGCUGACUGAAGCAAAAGUAUUGAAAAGAGUCCGCCAUAGCAACUGGGGAGCUCCCAUUGUAGUCGUGCCUAAAGCAAAUGGUGACAUAAGAGUGUGCGGAGACUACAAGGUAACUGUAAACCCAUUUUUAAUCGUUGAUCAGCAUCCGUUGCCACUCCCAGAAGAUAUUUUUGCAACGCUGGAAGGUGGUGUAUUAUUCACGAAACUAGAUUUGUCGCAGGCCUACAACCAGUUGGAGUUGGAUGAAUUUUCGCAAGAACUGUGUACAAUCAACACACCUGAAGGCCUGUUCCAGUACACCCGAAUGCCGUUUGGCAUUGCUUCCGCACCAGGAAAAUUUCAACGAGUGAUGGACGAUCUAUUUCAAGACACGCCAUGGGUAAAGUGCUAUUUAGAUGACAUCCUAAUUGCAGGCCGCACAGAAAAAGAACAUUGGACGCGAGUGGAGAUAGUAUUGCAGAAACUACAAGAAGCAGGGGUUCGGCUUCAACUGGAAAAGUGCAGUUUUGGAGUGCCGGAGAUACCCUAUUUAGGAUUCAUUGUAUCCAAGGACGGACUUAAAACAUCACCAGAAAAGAUCAAAGCUGUGCAAGACUCCGAAAAGCCUCAUAACCUUACUUCUCUGCGGGCAUAUUUAGGAUUGGUCAACUAUUAUGGAAAGUUCAUCCCGAAAUUGGCUCAUGUGUCAGCCCCGUUAAACGAGCUGUUAAAGAAGGAGAAGCCUUGGAGAUGGGAGACGGAACAGCAAGACGCCUGGCUGGAAAUCAAACAGCUGUUAAGCUCAGCAGAAGUAUUAUGCAACUACAACCCGAAAUGGAUUCUGAAACUAGCCUGCGAUGCAUCACCUUUUGGAGUCGCAGCGGUAUUGUCUCACAUCUUACCAGACGGAUCCGAACGACCUAUUUCGUACGCCUCCAAGAGCUUAUCAGCAUCUGAAAAAAAUUAUUCUCAGCUGGACAAAGAAGCGUUGUCUAUUAUCUUCGGUGUUAAAAGAUUUCACUCGUAUUUAUAUGGGCGCAAAUUUACUUUAAUUACUGACCACAAGCCUCUACUAGCCAUUUUAGGUCCAAAGAAAGGAAUUCCACCACUGGCUGCUGCUAGGAUGCAACGUUGGGCGCUCAUAUUGGCCGCAUACUCCUACGAAUUGGAGUUUCGAAAAACCGCCGAGCAUGGAAACGCAGAUGCAUUAUCCCGGUUUCCCUUAGAAGAUCCAUCGGAAACAGUGGGGCAGCUACCAGAAUUAAGUCAUUCCCGGCCGGAGCUGUUUGGAACAGCAUUGGUAACCAAGGACGUACGGGAAUCCACCAAAUUAGAUUCACUACUACAGGAGGUGUCCACCAGAUUACGAGACGGAUGGCGAUUUUCGGAUAAAGUCUCUUCAACAUUAGCCACCUUCUAUAGGAAAAGAACGGAAUUAUCCAUCAAGGAUGGGCUGAUCUUAUGGGGAAACAGAGUGGUCAUCCCAAAAACACUGCAGCCGCAGGUGCUAUCACUAUUACAUGAAGAGCAUGCAGGGAUCGUGAGAAUGAAGGCUGUAGCAAGAAGUUUUCUAUGGUGGCCAGGAUUAGACAGUCAGCUGACAGAAAUGGCCACGUCAUGUUUACCUUGCCUUCAAACCAGAAAUAAUCCAAAGAGAAGAAAAGAAGCUGCAUGGCCAGUUCCCGAUCAGCCAUGGUCACGCCUCCAUGUGGAUUUUGCAGGUCCGUUGCCGAGUGGUCAAUAUCUUUUUGUGUUAAUGGAUGCCACUUCCAAAUGGCCAGAGAUUUUCCGGUUGAAUAGGAUUACCUCGGAUACUACAAUAUCGACACUUAAAACUAUUUUUGCCCGUUUUGGACUCCCCAGCGAAUUGGUAUCAGACAACGGACCACAGUUUACAUCGGAAGAAUUCAAACGUUUCAUGUUAGUAAACGGUAUUGUUCAUCAUAGAGGAGCACCAUAUCACCCUCAGACGAACGGACUGGCAGAACGGGCGGUUCAGUCGGUGAAAAAGGCCUUACACAAGAUGAGAGAUCAGCCCGGAACAUUCGACGACAAACUCCAGCGCUUUUUGACCUCUUACCGAAACACACCGCAUAAAUCUACUGGAAAAACUCCUGCGGAAGUACUAUUGGGUAGACAAAAUCGUGGAAAAUUUGAUUUGUUUCAGCCAACCGUCCUAAAGAAAAAGGAGAAGAUCGAAGCGGAGUUCCAGGCAGGAGAGAAGGUGAUGGUGAGGGAUUUCCGUCCCGGAAAGAAUAAAUGGCUGGAAGGAGUAGUUAACCAUCGUAUCGGAAGUUUUUUGUAUGAAGUACAGAUUGGAAAUCAAAUCAUGAAGCGUCAUUGCAGCCAAUUACUGCCGAGAGGAAGAACCGAACCGGAAGAAACAGGUCACGUGAUGCUACCCCAAGUGGAGUCGGAAUCGAGAGAUCAACUUGUGGUGACAACCGGAAUCGCGACGGAGAAUCAACCACCAAUGGCCUCCCCUACACCAAGCCAAGCGACGGCGGGACCAAAGGAUCUGCCUGCAGUUCCAACCGAAGCAGAAGUUAUGGAGAAACAACCGGCAGUUUUGUCACCCCCACCGCGACGUUCAACUAGAGCAUGCAAAUUACCCAACUAUCUAAAUGACUAUGUGUUGAAAAAUGUACAUUUUUGUUAG